AUGGUGGUGACCCAUCACGCUCUGGAGCUGUGUUUCCAAGGGAAGAAGCUGAGGUGCUUCACGCGCAAACUCACCCGCUCGGCCCACGGCCCACUGCCAGAGAGCUCGUGGUUCAUCACAGCCCAAGUCCUGCUGCCGUACCUGCUGCUGUACCUGGUGUCCGGCCUGGGCAUGGUGGCGGCUGGGAUAGUCAUGGAUGUAGUGCAACACUGGAAGGUGUUCAGGGAGAUCUCGGAGGUGUUUAUCUUGGUGCCAGCCCUGGUGGGGCUAAAGGGGAAUCUGGAGAUGACAUUGGCAUCCAGACUGUCAACAGCAGCUAAUACGGGGCAGAUGGAUGAGCCUCAGCAGCGGUGGAGGAUGGUGUUCUGUAAUCUGGCUCUCAUUCAGGUCCAGGCCACAGUUGUGGGCUUCCUGGCAGCUCUUGUAGCAGUGGGCCUUGGGGGUGUGACCCGGGGGAGAGUGGAUGUUAUCCAAGCUGCUGUCCUCUGUGCCAGUAGCGUCACCACGGCUUUCAUCGCUGCACUGUCUCUAGGUCUGGUGAUGGUGGCAGUGAUUAUUGGAUCCAGGAAAGUGGGCAUCAACCCAGACAAUGUGGCCACACCCAUCGCCGCCAGCCUCGGAGACCUCAUCACUCUGUCUCUGCUCGCCGGCGUCAGCAGCCUCUUCUUCUGUUACCGAGACUUGUGGUACCUGCCUCCUGCGGUUUGCGUCUUCUUCCUGCUUCUCAUCCCAGCGUGGGUCGUUAUUGCCCGUCGCUCUCCACCAAUCGGCAAGAUCCUGAAGUCGGGCUGGCAACCAGUCAUUAUGGCCAUGUCCAUUAGCAGUAUUGGGGGUCUGAUUCUGGAUAAGACUGUGAGCAAUGCAAACUUCGAAGGUAUGGCCUUGUUUACUCCGAUAGUGUACAGUGUGGGGGGAAAUCUGGUGGCCAUCCAGGCCAGCAGGAUGUCCACCUACCUGCACUACUGGAGUGUUCCUGGAGCACUUCCGCCUGUAAUGAGUGAGAACUGUCCCGGACCCUGUGCUACCCUUUGCUCCUCAGAUGUGAACUCCAAAUCGGCCAGAGUCCUGGUCCUUCUGGUAGUCCCGGGUCACCUCCUCUUCCUGUACACCAUCCACCUCCUGCAGGGAGGCCAUACUGCCCUGACGCCCAGCUUCAUCAUCUACUACCUGUGUGCAGCUCUGCUUCAGGUGGUGAUUUUGCUUUACGUGGCCAGUCUGAUGGUGCGCUGGCUGUGGCGUAGGGGACUGGAUCCAGACAACUUUUCCAUCCCCUACCUCACAGCUCUGGGGGACCUGUUGGGGACUGGUUUCUUGGCUCUGAGCUUCAGACUGAUUCAGAUGGUCAGUUCUCCUGGGACUGGACUUUGACACACCCAGAGUGCACCGUUCUCUAUAUGCAAGUGGCUGAAACACACUUGCAAAGCUCAUUGGAUUUAAGAAGG